GCAAAUACUUAGAGCUAAGUUUAAGCUUAGUUGAAUUAUUUUAAAAGUGCUUUAAAAAUGAGUUUUAAAAUUUUAUUUUUUACUGCAUUAUUAGUGCAUUGUGUUUUGAUUAAUGGAGGACAAGUUGUGAAAAAACAACAAUUUCAUAGAUACUUAGGUGACUCUUGUCGAUUAAUAGAUAGAUCAAUAGGAAUUUGCCAAAAGACUGAAGAUUGCAAAGGAUCAGUCAAAGAGUAUCUUCAUCAGAAGAAAUUCUCAGAAAUAACUUUGUGUGCUUUUGAUAAGGAUAAACCAGUUUUGUGCUGUGAAAAUAUUAUUGAAGUUCUCCCGCCACCAUCUCAAUUGGUGACUCCAUUUCAAAAGCUUUUGUGUGAAAAUAGUCCAAAAACACCUCGACUGUCUAAAAAUAUUGUGGGUGGAGAUUUAACAGAACCUCGUGAAUUUCCACAUCAAGUUGCUAUUGGUUAUCAACAAGAUUCACAAAGUCCAAUUGAAUUUAAAUGCGGAGGAUCUCUUAUUAGCGACAGACUUGUUUUAACAGCUGCUCAUUGUGUAAACAUAGAAUCUCCUAAAAUCGUUAGAUUAGGAAGGGUGUCUCUUGUGCCAGAUGUAUAUGAUUACGCACCAAUUGUUGAUAAGAGAGUACAAAAAAUAAAUAUUCAUCCGAAUUACUCGAGAGGAACAAGGUUAAAUGACAUUGCAUUAAUUCAUCUAAGCAAAGUGGUAAAAUUCUCUGAUCAUAUUCAACCGAUUUGUCUUUCUGGUCCAAGAGAUUUAACACAUAAGAAUAUGACAGUUACUGGUUUUGGAACGAUCAACACAGACACCAAUAAAAGGUCAGACUGGCUUCGAAAAGCAGUAAUUAAAGGAACUCCAUUUGAUAAAUGUAAAGCAACCAUAAGAGAGCUCGACGACAGUCUAGACAUCAAUGAUACUCAGUUUUGUGCCUUGGGAAAAAAUAAUGAAGAUGCAUGCAAAGGCGACUCCGGAGGUCCAGUUAUUCACGACGAAGAUAAUCAACACCAAUUGUAUGGAAUUGUAUCGUUUUCAAUCGGAUGUGGUGGCAUUCCAGCUGUUUACACAAAGGUUGAUAAGUUCCACGAAUGGAUUGAAAGUCAAAUGAAAUAAAACCAAACAUUUCUAGCCAUUUAUUUUAUAAAUGAAUUGUUAUUAAUUUAAAACCACA